GAUAGGAAAGAGCUUAAACUCAUCAGAUCAACUGCAAAGUUUGUUUUCUCACAAUUGACUGACAGAUGUAACGACAUAUAUUGCCGCAUUUGGAUCAUCUCCAAUUGACACCUCAAUACCCACAGCUGCCGUCAACAUUUUUCUUCUAAAUCUACUUUUAAAUCGAUGCAAAUACUCCCUACUUUUCAGUAUCAUUGUUGUUUCUGUUCACCGGACAAGUGUUGCUGGAGAAGCUGUUGAAUUUCUUGUUCGACUUUUUCAUGCUUGGACCUCAGAUUAAAAGGGAUUUCUUGUUUCUUUGGACAUAAAGUUGAAACUAGCUCGUAUCCGGGCAAGGACCCAAAGACAUCAAAGCUCGAGUAUGGUUUUAAAGAUAGGAAACAAAACUGGAGACUCUGAGAAAGAUAUUUGUUAUCAUUUUACCCAUACGCAUUUCAACAUGGGGGAAUUUUCUCCCGCUUGGUACAUUUUCAACUGCGUUGUAAAUAUCGUGUUUUCCAUUACGGCUAUUGCAUCUAAUCUGGUAAUCCUUUUUGCUAUUCGCCGGACGCCAACGCUUCACACCCCAUCUGGCACACUUCUUUUCGGUUUGGCACUCUCCGAUCUUGGCGUUGGUUUAAUAGUCCAUCCUCUGUUUUUUUCGCAAAUAUUAGCCAAGGUUAUACGGGAUCAACCGCUAUUCUGUGAUGCUGGAAUUACGGUGGAAAUUGCAGCGAACGCCCUUUGUAUCGUAUCUCUACUAACUGUUACCGCUGUUAGUGUUGACCGGUAUCUAGCUCUUCGUCUUCAUUUAAGAUACAGAGAGCUCAUAACGAUAAGACGCGCAGUUUUGCUUCUCGUUGGUAUUUGGUUAUCCAGUUCAACAUUUGGUUCGCUGUGGCUAUGGCAACAUGAACUUGUGAAGAUAGUUGCAAUCACUAUCAUCAGCGUAAGUCUCUGUAUUGCUUCGUAUUCCUACAUGAACAUUUAUCGUAUCGUGUUGCAUCACAGGUCGGUCAUACGAGUGCAAAGCUCGUCUGUCAGUCAGGCUUUUGACAAAGACGAACAAGAGAUAAACGUACAAAAAAUUAAAAAGCAAGCGGCGGGUUCAUUCUGGGUUUAUUGCCUACUAACUGUUUGUUUCACGCCAUAUUUGUGCACCGUCGCUGUUAUAGAGGCCAAAGGAAUCACGAGCGCGACUCGCUUAUCGUAUGAACUUGGGGCAACUUUAAUCUUUGUCAAUUCAUCUCUCAACCCUCUCAUUUAUUGUUGGCGCUUGCGUGAAAUAAAUGAGGCCGUAAGACAGAUGCUGAGGAGUUUACACAGCUGA